AUGUUCAACGCAAGAAGACCUAGCCUGAGUAAAACUCUCUCGAGCGACCUCAUCAGUGAGGAUCCAAACGCUCCACACGUUCCACGGUUAACAAGAAGGCUGACAGGGUUUUUGCCACAGGAAAUCAAGGCGAUCGAGACCAAAAUUCCGGUACAAUCUCGAGAAUUGUGGAAUAAGCACAAGGUUCGGAAGUUUGGCACCGCAGAGGAGUUCGAGGAAAAGUUCAUCUCGCAUGUGGAAUGGACGUUGGCCCGCUCUCUUUACAACUGCGAUGACCUUGCUGCUUACCAGGCAACGUCGCAGUCGGUACGCGACAAUUUGGUCAUUGAUUGGAACAAAACGCAGCAACGACAAACCGCGAGAGACGGCAAAAAAGUGUACUACUUGUCGCUGGAGUUUUUGAUGGGAAGAGCGCUCGACAACGCCCUCAUCAACAUGCGCACGGAUACGUCGUCGCAGGACGUGGGGCCAACAGACGAGACUUUGACCAAGGGCAACACGGCUCGCGAAAUGAUCCGGAACGCCAUGAAGGAUCUGGGCUUCAAGCUCGAAGACGUCUUGGAGCAGGAGCCCGACGCAGCCCUCGGAAACGGCGGAUUGGGCCGUUUAGCAGCCUGUUUCGUCGAUUCUUUGGCAACUGGCAAUUAUCCAGCCUGGGGUUACGGUCUGCGCUACCAGUACGGUAUAUUUGCGCAGAAAAUCAUCGACGGGUACCAGGUUGAGACUCCAGACUACUGGCUCAACUUCAGUAACCCGUGGGAGAUCGAGCGCUCUGAGAUUCAAGUGCCCAUCAACUUUUACGGCUACGUCCAUCGUCCCGAAAGCGAGAAGACCACCACGUCGCCUUCUGACUGGAUCGGAGGGGAGAGAGUACUCGCAAUGGCUCACGACAUGCCUAUCCCAGGUUUCAAGACCCCCACUGUCAAUAAUUUGAGACUUUGGAGCGCCAAGCCCACAACAGAGUUUGACUUUUCCAAGUUCAACAAUGGUGACUACAAGAACUCGGUCGAGCAACAACAACGUGCCGAGUCUAUCACUGCUGUCUUGUACCCCAACGACAAUUUUGACCAAGGAAAAGAGCUGCGUUUGAAACAACAGUACUUUUGGUGCGCUGCGUCCCUGCACGACAUCGUAAGAAGAUUCAAGAAGAAUAAAAGACCGUGGUCGGAGUUUCCAGACGCAAUUGCCAUUCAAUUGAACGACACCCAUCCCACACUGGCCAUCGUUGAGCUACAAAGGGUUUUGGUGGACUUGGAGAAGCUCGACUGGCACAAGGCUUGGGAUAUUGUGACCAAGACCUUUGCGUAUACAAACCACACUGUCAUGCAAGAGGCCUUGGAGAAAUGGCCUGUUGGUCUCUUGGGCCACCUGUUGCCAAGACACUUGGAAAUCAUCUACGAUAUCAAUUGGUUCUUCCUGCAAUCUGUGGAAAAGAAGUUUCCUCACGAUAUGGAUCUCUUGUCGCGUGUUUCUGUGAUUGAAGAGGGUUCACAAGAAAGAUACGUUCGCAUGGCUUUCCUGGCUAUUAUUGGUUCCCACAAAGUCAACGGUGUUGCUGAACUACACUCUGACUUGAUCAAAAGUACUAUCUUCCAAGACUUCGUCAAGGUAUAUGGUGCCAAUAAAUUCACGAACGUCACGAACGGUAUUACUCCCAGAAGAUGGUUGAAACAAGCCAAUCCGAAACUGGCAGAGUUGAUCAGCGAAACCAUCAAUGAUCCAAACGACGAUUAUUUGCUUGAUAUGUCCAAGCUGACCGAGCUCGCAAAGUACGCUGAAGACGAAGCUUUUCAGAAGAAGUGGAAUGACGUCAAGCAAUUCAAUAAGUCGAGACUGGCAGACUUGAUCAAACGCUUGAACAACGGUGUCGACAUCAUUGACAGGGACCAUAUCAGAAACACUCUUUUCGACAUCCAAGUGAAGCGCAUUCACGAGUACAAACGGCAGCAACUGAACAUAUUUGGAGUGAUUAACCGUUAUCUGUGUAUGAAGGAGAUGUUACAAUCUGGCUCUUCAAUUGAUGAAGUUGCAGAAAGGUACCCUCGCAAGGUGUCGAUUUUCGGAGGUAAAAGUGCUCCCGGUUACUACAUGGCCAAGUUGAUUAUCAAACUGGUGAACUCAGUCGCCGAGGUGGUAAACAACGACGCCGAGAUCUGCGACUUGCUCAAGGUGUUUUUCAUUCCUGAUUACAACGUUUCCAAGGCCGAGAUUAUCACGCCUGCAAGUGAUUUGAGUGAACACAUCUCCACUGCCGGCACUGAGGCUUCCGGUACAUCCAAUAUGAAAUUUGUCAUGAACGGAGGUCUUAUUAUUGGUACAGUCGAUGGUGCGAAUGUAGAAAUUACUCGCGAGAUUGGCGAGGACAACAUCUUCUUGUUCGGAAAUCUGAGCGAAAACGUCGAAGAGCUACGUUACAAUCACCAAUUCCAGAACACAAGUCUUCCCGAAGCGCUGGUCAAGGUGUUGAAUGCCGUGGAAAGUGGUGCUUUUUCACCUCAAAAUGCUUCGGAAUUCAGACCUUUGAUAGACAGCAUCAAACAUCAAGGCGAUUACUACCUGGUGAGCGAUGAUUUCGACUCUUACGUUGCUACACAGGAUUUAGUGGACCAAGUCUACCACAAGGACAAGAAAGAAUGGCUCAAGAAAAGCAUUUUGAGCGUGGCCAACGUCGGCUUUUUCAGCAGUGACAGAUGCAUUGAGGAAUACGCAGAGACGAUUUGGAAUGCUGAACCAGUCAAGCCAGAGUAG